AUGGAUGAAGAAAGACUGAAAAGACUUAGAGCAGUGAGUAUUCAGAGCUAUUGCGAGAGACAUCACUGGGAUAGAAGACUAACAGCCACUGGAAAUUUAAAAGCCGAGUACGAAAGGAAUCUUCUCACCAUUCCGAGCGUUUUUCACGACCCGUUUGUAAGGCCUUCUAUUUGUUGGCUCCUUACGAGCGUUUGUUUCCUGAUUUCUAUCUGUGCUUUGUUUUCCAGCCUGCAACUUUGGUCUCCAAACGAGACAAGAAAGAUCGUCAUUUCUUUUGAAAGAGAUGAUGACUCGACAAAGAAGAACAUCUGGCUGUAUCCUUAUCUUAUCGCUCUGCCAAUAGUCUCGCUUGGAGUCUUUCUUUUCAGCAUCAUAAUCUUCAUCCGGGCGCUGAAGAUGAGAUCCUUUAUUCAAGGCAAAAUCCAGUACUACAAUGCAAUGAUCAAAGUUGGCGAAGAAUAUCGUCCGUUUGGAGAAGAGAUGAAUCUCAAAAUUUAA